AAAACGACACCGUCCCAUGCCCUACAACACCCCCACUUUCAGACACCGAAGACAGAGCAAUGGACGAUAAGACCGAGUCGGUUUCGUUCAACAAGAGAAGAGCCAAGGGUAAGGAUAAGAAUGAAAGACCCAAGAAGAAUCCUUCAGAGGAAAGGAAAGGCUCAACCCUACCAACACAACAGCUUAUGUCCAGGUCGAAAGCGCUUGAGAAUUCUGUCUCCAAAUGUUGCAUUGCAGUCUGCCAGUCCCCCACAGGAAUCACAUGGUACAGCUACUAAGCAUUUAGAGGAUAAUUAUGUGGCUGAUGAGUCGCAUGAGUGUGGCAACUUUGAAGAUGACUGCCCAGUAUUUCAAGCUGCUAAGUCGAGACUGAUGACAGCAAGAGUGUAUUGUCCAUUUUGUCAUCUUCUCAAUGAUGGCCGGUGCAGCCACUUUGACCAUAGGUGUCUAGGACAUCCUUCCCUCAAGUUCUGUAGGAUGUGUUAUAAGUAUGGUGAGCACUGGGCUGAUCAAUGUCCAAAUGUUGUGGGAAAAGGCCCUUUACCUCCCCUCAUGUACUGUAGGACAUGUUAUUCUCGUGAGCACCAGACUUCUCAGUGUCCAAAUGCUGUGUUGUAGUCUGACGAUAGCCAAGCGUCUUGGACCUGAAUCAGAUUAUAUGGAUAAAACUUAAGCU